UCCGCUGCUACUACGUAAGUAUAUUAUUUAUUAUGUUGAUUUUCAGAACCUGGUUAUUACGAAGUCGAUGAGUACGGUGUGCGACACGAAGAUCUUGUGGAAGUCAUCGAGAUGAGCAAAGAUGCUGAUCAUAUUAUGGCUGACGGUAUUGUAGGCGACUUCGGUGGCGUGGGAGCGUUGGGUUUCCACUCGAUAACUUUAGUGCCUCAUCAGGUUGCCUGUCUCAACAUCACCUUGCUGAGUGACUUUGAGAUUAAAUACAUAAACGAUUACCACGCGCGAGUUUUAGCUACAAUUGGCCCAGUUCUUCAGAGGAGGGGUUUAACCGAAGACUACAAUUGGUUGAAGCGAGAAUGUGAACCAAUAAAACGCAGCGGCAGUAUAAUAGUUACAGCUACGCCGAUUGUGAUUAUCCUGAGUUUUGUUGUAAAGUUUUUGUAA